AGGUUUUAGCAAGCCCUCCUAAUCCCCGGUUUAGAACGAUCCCUCACUUAUCCAUUCUACUACAAUUGUCAAACGAGGGUUUAAUUUGAGUGUCAAGUAAUUCUCACAUCAGUUGCGGCACUUGAUUCACAUUUCUGACUGUUUUACACAACAUACUAUUUAACAAUACUACUAAAUAUUUCUUCGCAAGUGACCCUCUACCACAGUAGUGAAAAUGAGUGUUGCUCUUACACCACGGCAUGUGUUCGAAUUUUGUCGGUUCUCUAAUUUAACAAAUCCAUUGCUUGAUUAAAAAAAAAAAAAAAAAAAAACUAAACAUUUCUUCAAGAAAACCAAAGCUGCUGCUAGAAAAUAUAAUAAAGACAAAUGUUUGGAUUAGGGAGGGUGGGAGGUUUGAUUAGAAAGAAACAAAAUUAUGCUCGCAAUUCUCACAAGAAGAUUCUAAUUUGACCCCCUAAUUGUAAUUCACAAUAACAAAAGACAAACAAGCAAGAUUUUAUUUUAUGUUUGAAGAUUAGUUUGGGAAAUGGAAUGAAUCCUAAGAUAUAUAAAUAUGACUCACUCAUUCAGGCGAUCCUAUACAAUCCUAUUAAUCUCUCUCUCUCUCUCUCUCUCUCUCUCAAAUGGAAAUGGAAAUCCCAGAUGAUUUCUGCACCUAUGUUAGUGCACCCGCUAGUCCUGGUAGAUAUUGCAGCUCUGCCAAUAACAACAAUGUUUGCUUCUUUAGUGUCCCAACUAGUCCUAGGGAAAGGAGCAUUUCAUCAACUUCUGAUGACUAUCCAACACCACCCAUGACACCAUAUCACGAUGCCAAUUCCGACCUCAACGACUUUGAAUUCGACACCAGUUGCAGUUUCAAUCUUGGUUCGGUUGGUAAUGUGACUAGCCAGAAGGUGAAAGACUUGUUUCAGCACAAGCAGCACGAACAAAUGCAAACCAUGGCAUUUGCUGACGACCUUUUCUGCGGCGGAAAAGUUAUCCCGCUUGCACCUCCACUCAAACUUCCACCCCGUCUUGGUCAACAAAGAUAUACGAACCGAAGCCCAACCCCAUCUACCCCAGGGUCACCGAGUUUUGGGAUCAAAAUGCCGUUUUCGCAUAGGACGUUGUGGAAUGAUGAUUUUGAUCCAUUCAUGGUGGCUCUGCAGCAUGUCACGAAGGAGGAAAAGAUAGGAAAAGCAAAGACACAGGCUCGUGACAUGUCUGACCUGAAAGACCAACAGAAUAAACAAACUGGCCUGCCAACACCAAUUUCCUCACCUUUUGUGAACUCCCCAAGUCUGCUACAAAGUCCAAAAAGGCUGGCUCUGCCCAGAGGACUGGAGUUUGCAAGACAAGUUCGACUAAUCCGAAUGGAUCAUUCCGAGAGAUGCAGUGACCCCAAAUUGGAGACGAGGAUGCCUAAGAAUAACAUUGCUCAAGAAAGUGGGGGUCCAUGUACAAAGCAAACCAAGCGGCAGAAAAUUGGAAGGCUUUUAUUGAGUGUGUCAUUUGGGAAGGCAGAUGAUGAAGACAAAAAGGGAAAAGAUCAAACUUCCGAAAUAUUGAAAAAGCCAACAUUUCUAAGGAGACUGAGCUUCAAGUCAGGGAGAUUAACCAGCUGCAAAGCCGAGAAGAGGAUAUCUAAUCAACUCACCAAGACGCCGCUAGUACAAUUCAGGCCGAGGCUCUUACUCUGUAUGGGUUAUAAGGCAAGGUAUGAAAAGUGAACCAGCCAGUGCCAUAGCAAAAAUAUUGUCUUCUUUAAACUCCUGCAUUCAUGUCUUGAACUGCCAAAAGGAGAAAAAAAAAGAAGAAGUUAUUG